AGACUGCCGUUCAUAGAGACAGUUUUAGUGACAGGCACGAAAGGGGGAGAUGGAUAUGUAAUUGGAGGCUGUUGUCACAGAAAACACGGGCGGUAAUAAACGCAUGAUAGCAUAUAAUAAACACAUGCCAUAGAGCUUUAGGUAGCCCCACAGAGUGCUUUGUUAGUCCCAGCUAUGGCUUCCCUUGAGGUUCUGGAGGAGUUCAGUUCUGGAGAGGCCUGCUCGGGGGGAUGUGAGGACCUCUAUUUGGAGGACGCGGAUGAAGAGGAGCUUCGCUGGCGCUUUGAGCAGGCGGCAGAGCACGUAGAGAAACUGGUGCAUGUGGCUACCAGAGAGCAGCUCCUCUACCUGUAUGCCAGGUACAAGCAGGUAAAAGUAGGAAAAUGCACCACUCCGAAACCUGGAUUUUUUGACUUUGAAGGAAAGCAAAAAUGGGAAGCCUGGAAAGCAUUGGGAGAUUACAACCCUCAGCAGGCUAUGCAAGAAUAUAUCGGCGCUGUCAAAAAGCUGGAUCCUGACUGGAGUCCAAAGGAAUCUGAGGACAAUAUUGAGAAUCGCAAAACCACGUUUGGAGGUCCGGUGGUCAGCUGUCUUUACCAUGCUCAGGAGACCCUCAGGGAGGAAGAUAAGGACAUAUUUGAUUACUGCAGAGAAAAUGAUGUCACUCGUGUAUCAACCUCUUUGGCUUCUGGGGCUGUUGAUGUGUCUAUGAAGGAUGACGAGGGUCGAAGCCUUCUUCACUGGGCUUGUGACAGAGGCCAUGCUGAGCUAGUGUCACUACUCCUGUUCCAUAAUGCUCACAUCAACAUGCAGGAUUUUGAAGGGCAAACACCUCUGCAUUAUGCAGCUGCCUGCGAGUUCCCGGAUAUUGUAGAUCUUCUCCUUGACCAUGGUGCUGACCCUUGCCUUGUAGACAACGACGGUUUUCAGCCACAUGAGGCAACAGACAGCAAGGAAAUCUCUAACAUGCUACAACAACACACUUCCUACGGGGAACACGACAAACCCCCAAGCCUUUCAAAAGCCCCCAAAUAAAGCUCAUCCUGCAAAUUCA